AGAAAUUGCUGAAUAUUUUAAAGAUUUUUUGAAUAAAAGUUAUUAAAUUAAAAAAGAAAAUAAAUUAAGUUUUUUGUUAUUGUGUUUAGUUGUUCUAAGAAAAUAUACAUAGUUCAAGUGCAAGUAAUUUUUGUAUAAAUUUCUAUGGUGUCUGCUCUUUUAUUGGACAAAAUUUGAAAAUUACAAUUGCAACGACAGGCGAUAAGCGAAAAUAAUUAUUGAAGGUGUUCUUGGAACAAAUUUAAAAUAUUCCAAAGAAGUUUAAAUUAAAAUUUAAUAACAUGUCUCUUAAGCUCUUCAUACUAGUGCUAACGGUAGCACUUUUUGUAACGAUGCCCAUAAAAUCGGUGAGCGGCUCUGCAGUUCUAAUAUCUGAUAUAACAAUGACUGUUAUGGUGGAAUUAUCAUCACGCUAUCCAUUCUGUAAAAUGCAUACAGAUCGAGGUGAUAUUCAACGCAUGUUAUUGAAUUCCGAUCCUAGACGCAUACGACAAGUGCCAAGAGAAUCGGUAAUGGAAUUAGAAGAGGUGUGUUUGAGUGCCGGUUCUCAAGGACCAGAGUUUAGAGGAAGUUUAGGUUUUAUAUAUCCAGGAACUAAAUGGUGUGGACCGGGUACUGCUGCUACCGAUUACAAUGACUUGGGCUAUCAUGCCGAUGAGGAUCGCUGUUGUCGCGAACAUGACAACUGUCCGAAUGUCUUAAAUGUGGGAGAAUGUAGGCGUGGUCUAUGCAACACCGGUACUUUUACAAGAUCCCAUUGUGAUUGUGAUGCUCGCUUAAGACGUUGUCUGCAGUCACUUAAUACCGAAACUGCUAACACCUUGGGCGCUAUAUUCUACAAUGUAGUACAAGUAACCUGCUUCCAGGAGCGCAGUCCCUGUUCGGCCCGCCAAAGGUUUGAGAAUUUCUUUUAUAGAGCCAAUCAAUGUGACAUUGAAUAUCGUUCAGCCGAUUUAUAUGUACCACCCAAUGCUGGCAAUCUGAUACAGAAGAUCUUAUCUAAACCCUAUGGUUUCGCUAAUCAAUUUUCCCCUUCCAAUAACUAUAUAACAGGACGUUCGAUAUCCGAUGCUAAUCCAUUUUCCAAUGUUAAACGUCGUGUAGGUGUAACUUUGGCUUCGGUGGGUUUGGCGGCAAGAAAUUUAUUUCGCGAAAUAGUUCAAAGUCCUCGAGUUGUGUGGGAUAGUUUAAAUUCUCCCGUUAGCCGUGAUUUACCGGCAAAUUCGAAUUAUUAUAGUAGAUAUUCACAGCCACCACCAAGAAGUUAUGAAUAUCCAAGACCUUCGUCGGGUUAUCAUUAUAGAUCGGCUGUAACGCCGAAUAAUUUUUGGCAUUAUUGAAAAGAAAAACCAAAGACUGAGUUAUAAGUUUUAGUUUAUUAUACUAGAUUAAGUAUCACACUGUAGUUAUUGCAUUAAGUAAGAGUUGGUCCGAUUUUUUAAAUUUUUUUCUUAAAAAUAUGUCAAGACAUUUUUCUAUUAUAACAUUAACAGAAAAUAAACUUUUCGGUUACAAAAUUGUCAAGACAUUUGUAAAUAAGAAAACUCUCAAAACAUGUUUGUGUUAGAAAACAGUCAAGAUAUUUUUCUGUCAGGAAUUUGUUAAAGCAGAUUUCUAUUAGAAAUUUGUCAAGAUAUUUUUCUAUCAGAGGACUGUCAAGACAUUUUUUAUUAAAAUACUGCGAAACAUUUUUAUAUAACAAGUAAUUUAUUAGAAAAUUUUCUAGACAUUUUUCAAUUAGAAAAAUGUUCAGACAUUUAUCAAUUCAGAAUAAGACAUAUUUCUGUCAAGACAUAUUUUUUAAUUACAAAUAUGUAAAGAUAUUUUUCGAUUUGAAAAGAUUUAAAAUAUUUUUCUGUUAGAAAACUGUCAAGACCUUUUUUACAAAAAAAAACUGACAAGACAUUUUUCUAUUAGAAUUAUUACCCGGCAGACAACUGCCUUGACAUUUUAAUAUCAGAUAAUUGUGUUUCCAUCUGUAAGUUGUCAAGAUAUAUUGCAACGUUUUCUUUAAGAAAAUAAAAUUCUGUUUUAGAAAUUGUCAUGACAUUUUUAUUUUAGUAAAUUGUUAAAACAUUUUUCUAUUUAUAAAGUUGUCAAGACAUUUUUUUAUAAAAAAAAUUGCCAAGACAUUUUUUCAUUUAGAAAUUUGUCAAGACAUUUUUCAUUUAGAAAAUUUUUAAGACAAAAUUUAAAUUAGAGAAAUUGUAAAGACAUUUUUCUGUCAUACAAUUUCUAUUAUCAGAAUAGAAAAGUGUUCUGCCGCGUAAAUGUAAAGACUCUGACCAUCUCUGCUUUAUAAUAAAUUAUGUAGAAAUCUUUAACUUUUGUUUUUUAAAUUUAGUAUAUAAUUGCCAUAUUAUCACCUUAGUUUUAAAAUUAUUUUUUUAAGUUCAUU